CUUUCUCUUCAGACGAACACAAACACUAUUGUUCACGCAUUCUCGAAUCUUUGAGCGUUUCGAGAGAGAAAGCAAUGGGAGUUGAAUCAUCGGGGCAAUGGUUGGAGAAAGCGUUAGUGGAAUUGGGAAAGAAGAUGGAGACGGGCAUAGAGUUGGAUGCCGAAAUUAUAUCAGGCCUCGUUUCGUACUGUGAGAUGGCCCCUCCUCUGGACGCCAAAGAGUAUCUCGAUAAUAUCAUUGGUGAGGAAGUUGGAAAAAGCGUCACUGAAGAGUAUCUACAACGGAGAGGUCACUCAACUGCCGGCAACUACAGCAGUACGUCAACUUCAAGUAUGCAUGCUUAUGUUAAACCACACUCAGACGAAGGUCAAGGUAUCACAGCUAAGAAGCCUCAAAGAGCACCAAAAGAGGCCAUACCUCCAUCAAGUCACGAAAGUCGAAUUAAAACUGAACCCUCAGGAUCACAGCGAGCAGGCACUGCAAAUCAAUCCAAUUCCAAGAAGAAAAAGUCCGGAAAAGUUGUUUCUCUGGCUGAGGCUGCAAAAGGAACAAUUGUAUUUCAAAAGGGAAAGCCGUGCUCAUGCCAAGCCCGGCGGCACAGGUUGGUGAGCAAUUGUUUAUCCUGUGGGAAGAUCGUGUGCGAGCAGGAGGGUGAAGGCCCGUGCAAUUUUUGUGGUGUACUUGUGCUGAAGGAAGGGAGCGCAUAUGCUGGUCUAGAUGAAGGCUUUACGGUAGUAUCCGAUGCUGAGGCUGCUGCUGAAGCAUUUGCAAAGAGGCUUGUUGAAUAUGAUCGUGACUCUGCAGCUCGUACGACAGUUAUUGAUGACCAAAGUGAUUACUAUGAAAUGGAGGGAAAUAGCUGGCUGUCGAAAGAGGAAAAGGAACUUCUCAGAAAGAAAAGGGAAGAGAUAGAAGAAGCCGAGAAGGCCAAAAAAAGUAAAGUGGUUAUGACAUUCGAUCUGGUCGGCCGCAAGGUUCUUUUGAAGGAAGAUGAAAUGGCUGAAGAACUGCAGAACCGAAUAUUACUGAGGCCCCCUGAGGUGAAAGACGAAAUGCGCUUCAAGCCGAACCCAAAUCUUAAAGUCCAACCAAUAUUCAUCGAUCCUGGUCCUAGGAGAGCGGCAAAGGACAAGCCGGUUAACAAAGGGCCGAGCAGCGGAUUGUGCUUGGAGAUAAGCGGGAGAGUGCAGCAGGACGCCAACAAUCUAGCUCCUGCUUUGUGAAACCCGGAACUUGGGGAAUCUGACCAAAAGCUAUGGACUGUAAGAAUGUGCAAUGCUGAGUGUGGAGGAAUAUCUCCAGGUUUGAUUUUUCCGAAUGUUAUCAUCUUAAAGAGAUUAGAGAAGUUAAAUAUAUAUAUAUAUAUAUAUAUAUUAUUGGAUGGUUUUCUUUAUGAGUUCCAUGGUUAAGUACCUGGUCACCAAGUUAUGUGCGACACAGAAAAAACACAUCUAUUCAAACUUGUUGUAGAGCUUCGGCUGAGUCCAAAAUUCUUUUGGCAUAUUUUUUGUUUUUAGAAGGUUUUGAGUUA